AUGGAGGCUUGUCACAAACCAGUCCUGCUUCUUGAACCUUGUGGCUGCAUAAAAGUUGUGGCGUUGAAAAUUGUUUUCAAAAAGAUUAUUAAACUAAAUGGGCUUUGCACAAGAGUGAAAAUUGCUCAUUCUAGAACAUACAGCAGAUGGAAGAAAAAAUUGAUGCAUUAUAAGCUUCUGAUUCCACCUUCAACCAUAGUUGAAUUUACUGUUUCUAUUGUUUGCUAUGCGGAUUUGGAAUCUGGUUUCAUAUCACGUGAGAACUUCAAGGCUGUGAUUUCAAGUAUCCUACGGAAGGCAAAAGGUUGGAUGUCAUGUAAAGGGCUAGGCAGUAUUCUCAAACUGCUGCCCUUCUUUCUUCUGCUUGGUGGUCUUUGGCUAAUCCCCUAUUUCUGCUUUCUCAAGCUUUCCAUUGACCGAUGCUUGAUGUUAGGGGGUUGGAGUUUGACAGAUGUUUCCUACUCAGAAGAAGGUUUUGGCCUUAGAAAAUUUGGGAACGUCGUUCAGGGAAUAUAUUGGGCACAGCUGACAAUCUUCUUCAACGAGGACAGCUUGAAGAAACUUGGAAAUGCUGGUGCACAGUUGCAGGUGGACCUUCUGUUCAUUAAUUCUCUUUGUGGGAUUAGAAGGCAGGGCACGAUUAGUCUGUUGAAUUUAGACCAGGGAUGCCCCUGA